AUGACCGCGCUGCAGGGGUUGCCGCUCGCCGUGGCUAACCUCCGAUGCGUCUUGGAGGCAGCUCACGCCGGUGGCUGGGUGGCCUGGCGGGACCUCGCCGCGCAGAUGACAGUCGACGACCGGGUGGCGUUGGCAGAAUUUUCGUCGGCGCUGAUGGUGGUGCCACCAGCCAAUCUGCCGGACGCCGACACCCUCAAGGACUUCUUCGAGGACCAGAACGCCGGCUUCUUCUACUUCGGCCGCGGGGGCACCGCCGUCGGCGUGGAUGGGCGGAGCGCCGCUUUCCUUCAGACGGCCGCCAGCACACCAGGGAGCACUACGCCGGGCGACGGCACACCAUGGGGCCUCACGCCGGAGAUGGUUCGCCGGGGCAACGCCCGGAUGGAGGCAGAAUCGGCAGCUAUCUCUGCGGCGCAGACGCCGGGGGUGACCUUUGAGAUUGACGCCGAGGGACGCCGGCGUCGAGCACCACGAGGCGCCGAGCAGCGGCCGACACGCCCCUCCUCGCCGCCUUCGAGAUCUACGGUCAACCUCGCCGCCUUCACGCCUGGCUCUGUGGCGGCCACCGACGAGGUUUUAAUGAGGCAGGUCUUCCCGCCGAUCCGGGAGCCCGAGAGCGCCGAGGAGACACGCCGAGGAUUACCUCCCUUGACGGCGAGCCCGGUGACAUGGGUGCCAGCGCCGCCGGUCAUGGGACCAUUGCCGCCCGAGGUGACCACGCCGGCCAGCACUACAGGAUCUACUUCGACGGCCCAGCCAACGAGCUCUACCCCGACGCCGGCCAGGACGACCACACCGAGGCGCCGUUCAGUGGAUCCAGCAGACCGACGGACGCCGGAUCGAGUGGCAUCCCCCUCGCCGGGUCCGACGCGGCGGUCGGGCACCGUCGGCAUCCGUUCCAGGCUGUCGGAGGCCGAGGUGGCGGAGAUUCGCCGCAACCUCACGCCGGACUACGGCCGCUACAAAGAGCGGAUGCAUCGCCGGGGAGCUGUCGCCGAGGACCCUCCGCCGCAAGCCAUCCGCCAUUUGGCACGCCAGACGGUGGAGGAGGUGAUCCAGAUGGAAGAAGCGGCGGCCGCCGGCGACGAGUCAGCUGUGCCGAAAAUCCCGCCGGUAUCCGCACCCACCUUCUGCGGGUACUGGUUCUGCCGCCGCCUCCCUGAGGGGUAUCUGGGCGCCAGGAUCCCCUAUGAACGGCAGAAGGAACGCCGCAGAGUCGCCGGCUGGUGCACACAUCCUUGUACCGCGCCGGGGUGUCAGUAUGUCGCCGAAUGCCGACUGCUCACCCACGCCGGUGUCGGUAGGUGGGGGCGACGCACGCCGGAGCCGGCAGAGAGGCCGAUCGAUGACAACAUCGCCGAGCUCCAGGCGAACGCCGUUGAGGCACAUUUUGCGGCACUAGUCGCCGACCAGACUCUUCCGCCGGCAAUGUUUUGCGACCUGGGUCGCCGUCUCUGCCGUUUCCAAGCACCCGCCGCAUGGCGCCAAAAGUCUCUCCUGAAGCCUCGCCGGUCGCGCCUUGUGUCGUCGCCGGUUGUUCUCUCCCUCUUCGUCGGUCGUCGCCGCUGCUGUCUUUGCCCUGGUGUCGCAGCCGUUUUUGCUCUGGCUCGAGGUUGCCCCCGCCGACGACGACUAGGCCGCACCAGCAUGGCCUGGGUGCCCGUGACGACGACAGCCGGCGCCAACUUUGGGGAUUUCCUUAAGGUUGUCGCCGAGGCGGGCGGCACGGCGCAUCUGACGACUUUUGCCCGCCUGGGAGUGACUAACACGCCGGCCGUGCGGGAAUCUUUCCCAGUGCUGCUCGACCACGGCGUGCCGGAGACGGUCUUGCUGGCGAUCCUGGCCCCGGUGCCGCCGCAGCAGCCGGCGCCGCUGGUGUCGCAGACCAGGACCGACGUGCCAGAAAGGAGGUCAUCCACCCGGGCGUCGAUGACGGCGGCGAUCGACUCCAACUUGCUGGCGCAGUCCACCCGCCGAUCGAUGGAGUCGCGGGUUAGGAUGCUAACCACCCUCGCCGAGAAGGGGAACUUCCAGCUGUUUCCCCUCGACGCACAGAAGCUGCAGCUUCUCGCCGGGACAGCGGCGGAGCCGAUGGCCGCGCCGGGGGUACCGGCGGUCGAUUUCUCGGCCGAGCUGCCGGCCAUCGACUUCGUGCCCGCGCCGAUCUCGGCGGAGCGGGCCCUGGUACCGGCGGACACGGCGACACACUAUGUGAUGAAUUGCCGCACCCGCCUGCUACACAAGCCCGCCGCGGAGGAGUCAUCGACGGAGCGAGCCGAGUGGCAGGCUCGUUGCGGCUGGCCAUACGGCGUGCGCCAAUUUUAUCGGCUACACGACCUGCCGCCGAAUCCGUCUAUGUGCCGCCGGUGCUUCCCUGAGACGCCGGUCGACCUGGACACGCCGGAAGCGGUGUCGUCCUCGGACAGCUCAUCCGCCGCAGCCGUGGUCGCCGAACCUCGGCACAGUUUUGAUGUUAGCACAGACGGCGGGAACGCCGCGACCAUUACCACGGAAGCCCAAAAGAGAACUCCCGCAGCCAUGGCCGCCGCCCCGACGGUGGCUUCACAAAUGGUCCAGCUGAGCGAGCUCUUCAACGCCGCGGGGGCCGGCGACGGCAUCAGGCAGUACCUCGCCGCCAAGAAGAUAUCGGCCACCCCGACGCUCGCCUUGAUCGCCAAGAACGCCGAGGACUUAAUCACGACGAUGGUCAUCGCACCCUUCCUCGCCGGGGUCACUAUCGACGGGACUGACCACAAGGUGGAGGCGGGCGAGGAGCCGGUCGCGACGGCCAUCAUGAUGCACUUGUUCGUGGAAGCGCGCCGCCAAUGGGACACCUUCUCCCAGGCGCCGACCGCCCCACCGGCACAGCCAGCGGCGUCGGCGGCAGCACAGCCGCCGGCCGGUCACUCGCCGCCAGGGUCAGCUACGCCGGGACAUAUCCCAGAUCGCCCGCCGAAAACCUUUGCGGCGUGGACUCAACAGGUGAAGGCGUAUGAGGAUCGACUGCUCGACGGGAAACGCCGUACCUUCCCCGUCCAAGAGCUCCUGGGCGCCGAGGAGGUGCUGGCACGGAUGUGGUUCGAACACACCGUGACCAAGAUGUAUACGCCGAUCACCCUCGGCGAAAUCCUCUGCCGCCCCAACGCCGCAAGGUGGGCAUGGAUCCUGGUGGGCAUUGGCGAGGAGGACGACGUGAUGAAGUACGCCGACUGGUUCGUGGCCAAGGCCAGGGCGCACGCCGACAUGGUACCGGCGAUACAGGCCUUCUGGCACAAGUCGGCGUGGACGAUCGCCAUGGCGCUGCGAAACAGCACCUCCUUCGGCGAGGCGGUGACGGGCGUGAUGAAUGACGUCGCGACCUGGCAGGAGGUUCUCGCCCAGGAGGCCCCCGACUUUGCCGCCCGCCGCGGCAAUCGCCGCAAACGCCGUCGCCCGGGCAAGCCCAAGGGCAAGGGCCGCGACGGCAAAGACCAGGACCCGCCGAAGAAGACGGACGCAGCCCACCAGCAGGUCAUAGUGCUUUCGGCUUUGGACGGCGUGGGCGCCGCGCCGUGGCUGGUUUGGGAUCUCAUCGGCGAGCCGCGGGCGAUCUUCUCCUGGGAAGUGGACCGCGCGGCGAUCCAGGUCGCCGACUACCACAUCCCGGGGAUCAGGCACCGCGGCGACAUCACGGAGGACACGCCCGAGGACCUCGCCGCCGAGAUCCAGCACAUCGACGGCAAGGCCGAGUGCAUCAUCAUCUUCACCGCGGCGCCGCCGUGCUACCUCUUCAACUUCACGGCGGAGUUCAUGGAUGAGCUAAGGCGCCGGUUGGCGCCACGACGCUUUGGCUUCCUGGUGGAAAACGUCGAGAUGACACAGGCCGACGCAGCGGAGGCAUCCAAACAGCUCGGCUGUCAGCCGGUCUUCGCCGACGCCGCCGACUUUGGGUGGAUCGGACGGCCCCGCCUGUGGUGGUCGUCUGUCGAUUGGGACGAGGUCACCCACGACCCGUCCACGGCGGAGCGCUGGACAUGGGUGCUUCACCGCCGCUGGGACCGAUUGCGUCUAGACUCGCCGCGGGCCGCCCCAGACAGCUUCGACCUCGACGGCCUCAGGUUCUCCGACGCGGUGGCAUCUGGACGCAUUCGGCUGCCUUGCUCUACCACGCCAGCAGCCGAUGAGAGAGGGAGACCACCGCCGAGAUCCAUGCGGGGCAAGGUCACGACGGAUGUUCAGCAGCGGUGGCUUCAAGACAGCCGCCAGUUCGCGCCGUGGCAUUAUCAGCGCGACGCCAUGCUCGCCGAUGACCAGGGGAAGCUGGUGGUGUUGACGCCGGGAGCCAAAGAACAGCUCCACCACAUGCCGAAGGACUUCACGGCGAAAACGCCGCAGGGCGAGCUGGAACCCAGAACCCGCCACCGGCUUUUGGGAAACGGGUGGCACUGGGGCGUCGCUCGCCGGUUCCUCUUGGCGGUCCUCGUCCACGCCGCCGCGUCCUUGCCAACAGCAGCGGCGAUACCGGCGACACCACCAAGACCCGCGCCGGCCAAGCCCAGCCUGGCGGCGCUCCAAGAACUCGACGAGGAUGCACAUUGGAGGGCGUCUUGGGCUCUGAAGCAUCCUCUGGCCACGCCGCCGCCACUGGAACCUGCAUGGGAGCUUCUUCUGGAACUUCGCCGCCGACACGACUUGGUCCGCAUCCGCCGGGAGGUCGUAGCCGAGGUCCACCUGCUGAUCGACGACCUCGACGAGGAGUCUAGGACCUGGAUGGCGGCGCGCUCCUCCUGGGUUCGGGCCACUUACUCCACGCCGGACAAGCCGGCACCGACGCGGGUUCUGGCCUUUCUCGAGCUGCUUCGCCGGCUGAACUACCCAGACCUCACAGCGCUCACCGAAGAUAUGACCGACGGCUUCCAGAUGCUCGGCGAAAUCAGGCCAGGCCCGGGAUGGCGUCGCCGCGAAGACGGGAAGUACCAGAAUCCCGUCCCCAUCGCCGAUCUCAUUGCGACCAACGCCGACUAUGUGAGAAGGAAGGACGAGGACCUCGGCGAGUCGGCCGCCGAUGGCUUCCAGGACCUGUUCGCCGCACUCGGCUUCCUCACCAAGACAUCCAAGAUCAUCGCCUUCGCCGCUUUCGCCAAGAUGAUGCCGCCGACCAUCGUGGCGUUCAUCGAUAACACGGCGGGUCAGGCGGCACUGACGAAGGGCUACGGCAAGGAUACGGCGGUCAAUGGCAUGAUCUCUGCCUUUUGGACACUCGCCGCUCGACGAGGGUGGUUCGUCGAGUUCGAGCGGGUGCCCUCCAAGGCCAGUGUCGCCGACGCACUUCUAAGCCUCCGGCUCAAAG